AUGACCACCUUCUUGGUGAUCGACCUCCUCGUCGCAUACAACGUCAUUCUCGGUUGGCUGACCCUCAACAAAAUCAGAGCCGUCGUCUCGACCUACUACCAAACUGUGAAGUUCCCGACCCACGCCGAGACCGGAGAGAUCACAGGAAGUCCUCAAGAAUCCCGACGCUGCUACCUGACCGCCGUCUCGUUACACAAGAGGGCUAGGCUCGAAUCACCGUUGGCAGACCCUCGGGAAACGCAGAAGCCAGCCCCCCAUCUUGAGCCGAGGGGGUCCACCAUCACUGUGCCACUGCUGGAGGAUCGGCCUGAGCAGACGGUUAGGAUCAGUAUCUCACCUGACGCCCGCCCGGUAAAACAAAAGCUGAGACGGCAGGCCCCAGAGCGGCAGGUAGCCGUGCGAGAAGAAGUGGCUCGACUCUUGGAGGCAGGCUUCAUAAAAGAAGCCAGAUACCCGCAAUGGCUAUCCAAUGCAGUCCUCGCCAAGAAAGCUAAUGGAAGCUGGAGGAUGUGCGUUGAUUACACCAGUCUCAACAAUGCAUGCCCGAAGGACUGCUAUCCCCUUCCGAAGGUCGACCAGUUGGUCGACGCCACGACAGGUCAUGCCCGCCUCUCAUUUAUGGACGCCUUCUCGGGAUAUAACCAGAUCAAAAUGACACCCGAAGAUCAAGAUCACACGGCCUUUCUCACCGAUCAAGGGGCUUACUUUUACAAAGUCAUGCCCUUCGGAUUAAAGAACGCCGGGGCAACAUACCAGAGAACGGUGAACAAGAUGUUCGCCCACCAAAUCGGGCGGAACAUGGAAGUAUACGUUGACGACAUGAUUGUGAAAAGCCAAGAGGCCGGAGCUCAUCUAGCCAACCUGACCGAGGCAUUCGCCACGCUGCGCAAGUUCGGCAUGCGACUCAACCCCAUGAAGUGCGCCUUCAGCGUCACGUCAGGGAAGUUCCUCGGGUUCAUUAUACACGAAAGAGGAAUUGACGCCGACCCGGAGAAGGUCCAGGCGAUCAUCAAUAUGCAAUCACCCCGGACGAUCAAAGACUUGCUGCGCCUCAACGGAAAGCUCGUCGCCAUGUCCCGCUUCCUUGCCCGAUCAGGUGAUCGCUGCCUCCCCUUCUUCAGGGCGCUGAAGAACCCGAAAGGUUUCCAAUGGACGGCAGAAUGCGAGGAAGCCCUCAAGCAAAUGAAACAACACUUGGCCAACCUCCCUCGGCUUGCCUCAGUCUCUCUCGGGGAGAAGCUGAGCAUCUACCUAGCUGCCUCCCCACACGCAGUAAGCUCCGUCCUGGUUAAGGAAGGUUCCGGUGAGCAGCUCCCGGUCUAUUAUAUCAGCCACAUCCUCAACGGUCCUGAGGAACGGUACCCACCGAUUGAGAAGCUAGCGCUCGCGCUCAUAUUGUCCGUCCGGAAGCUACGCCCCUAUUUCCAGGCUCACCCGGUGGAGCUCGGCGAGCAUGACAUUCAAUACGUGCCCAGGACAGCUAUCAAAGCCCAGUCCGUGACCGACUUCAUCGCGGAGUUAACCCAGAUCAGGGACGAGAUCCUCGGACAGCCCCCCGAGGCUUGGGUCCUGCACAUCGACGGAUCAACCAACUCAAAAGGUGCUGGCGCGGGGCUGGUGUUGCAGGCUCCCGACGGGCGGUCGUUCGAGCGCUCCCUCCGCUUCGGGUUCCGGGCCACCAACAACGAGGCGGAAUACGAGACGCUUCUAGCAGGACUCAAGUUGGCCCUCGAGAUGCAGGUGGUCGCCAUCCGCGUCCUCACCGACUCCCAACUAGUGGCCGAGCAACUCAACGGGGGAUACGAGGCCCGCGACCCGACCAUGGCGAAAUACCUGGCACAGCCCCCGAAGUCAGGCCCGAGGUCGAGGAGCUACCUGCCCGCGCCAUCGAAAUCGCAGCCGCAACCUCGAGUAGCGCACCUACUACCUGGGUACAAGAACUGCUCUGCUUCAAACGGGACGGGACUCUCCCGCCUGACAAAGCGACAGCUCGGCGCCUAUGCACAUGCAUGGUACACCGAGGUGGGUAGACGGCUCUACAAGCGGUCCUUCUCGAACCCCCUCCUACGGUGCUUAGAGCCCGACGAAGCCCGGACCGUCCUGGCUGAGGUCCACGAAGGGGUCUGCAAGGAACACAUCGGCGGGCGGACCCUGGCACAUAAAAUACUCCGCCAAGGUUAUUACUGGCCGACCAUGUGUCGGGAUGCAAAGGCCCACGUGCAACGGUGUCACUCAUGCCAAGAACACGCCCGCACACCCCGGCUACCCGCAGUCCCGUUAAACCCCAUCGACUGCGCGUGGCCGUUCACGCAAUGGGGUUUGGACCUCCUCGGUCCCUUCCCCCCAGCUUCGGGACAGCGGAGAUACAUCGUCGUAGGCGUAGAUUAUUUCACAAAAUGGGUAGAGGCCGAGCCAUUGGCGACAAUCACGGAACGACAAAUAGAAAAAUUCAUGUUGAAGAACUUGGUGACUCGGUUUGGCCUGCCGAACACCAUCAUCACGGAAUAUGGGCCCAAGUUCGUUGGUCGAAAGUUUCGGGAGUUCUGCGCAAACCACGGAAUCCAGCUAAGAUUCAGCUCAGUAGCUCACCCUUAG